AUGGCCGACUUCCCUCUUGCGACCCUCGCCGAGGUGGACGAGCUGCCCAAGACGAAGGAGAAGCUCGAGGAGCUCACCCAAGCCGCAUCGCUGCAGUAUUCGCUCAAGAAAUUUGCUGACGCCGCCGACCUCUACUCCAAAGCCGUCGAGAUCCAGGCCGCUCUCAACGACGAGAUGGCCCCCGAGAACGCCGAGCUACUCUUUUACUAUGGACGCGCCUUGUACAAGGUGGCAGUUGCCAAGAGCGACGUACUGGGUAACAAGGUGGCCCAAGAAGACAAGAAGAAGUCCAAGACAAAAAAGGCGGCGAAAAAAGCAGGCGGCGAGGGGUCAAGCACAGCAGCAAAGGGCGACAAGACGGAGCAAAAGGACGAGUCGGUCGACACAAAGGCCUACUUCCAGCUCACUGGCGACGAGAACUGGACCGACUCCGAGGACGAGGAUGAUGAAGAGCAAGAAGGCGAGCAGGAAGAGGAGGAGGACGACUUCGGCAACGCCUAUGAGACCUUUGAACUCGCCCGCGUCCUGUACUCGCGACAGCUGGAUGCGCUAGAGCAAGAAAGCACCGCAGACAAGGGCAAAGGCAAAGCCGAGCUCACUCCACAAGCCCGCGCCAUCAAAGAGAAGAUUGCAGACUGCCACGGCUUCCUAGUCGAAAUCUCGUUGGAGAACGAGCGCUUCCACGAUGCUGUGUCUGACGCCCGCGCUUCUCUCGCGCUGCAAGAGGAGCUAAGUCCAUUCGAGCACGAGAACGUCACAGAAAGCCACUACUCCCUAUCCCUCGCCCUAGAAUUCGCCUCCGUCUCAAAAGUCCGUGAGGACCAGACAGGUAUCCAAAACGACUCUCCAGCAGACGCAGCACCGCCAGCAGACGACGAGAAAGACGUCAUCGACUGGGAUCUCCGCAAAGAAGCCGCCAAGCACACUGAGCUCGCCAUCCAGAGUCUCGAGGCGCGGCUGCAGAAGGAAGAAGCUGCCCUGGCAUCCGACACCUACACGCCAGAGCGCAAGAAGGAAAUGACAGCCGUUAUCGAGGACAAGAAGGGCAUGUUGGAGGAUCUGAAGACUCGUGUUGCAGAUCUGAAGUCGGAUCCGACGAAGGAACAGUAUGAUAGCCUUGAUCCGACGGUCUUCCAGGGCCUUCUUGGCGGGUUGCUGGGUGCGGAUGCCGCGACGCAGAAGGCGAAGCUUGCGGAGGCUACGAAGGGCGCGAAUGAUCUCACGGGGUUGGUUAAGACGAAGAAGAAGGCAAAGGCGCUUGCACCAGCGGCCUCGACGUCGGCAGAUGCCGGGAGCAGCAAGAGGAAACUGGAAGUCGAGGAUAGUAGUGCGGCUGGGAAACGAGCAAAGACCGAAGAGCCGCUGUAA